AUGCCUGUACGUCAAUACAUCCGCGUCUGCAAGCAGGCAGGAGGUAUGUUUCCACGGCAGAAGGAUUCGUAUUUGUUAGACCUUCUUAAAAGGGAAACUAACCGGUCGCGCUUAUUCGGUUAUUAACGGGGAAGACUGCGAGACCGUCGAGAGGCUCUGCAGCUUCCUAGAAAAAGCAUUCGCACCUCGCAAGGAUAUCGACGACAUGCGAGGCGAACGAGCUGAAAUUUACAUGAAGAAGGGUGAGCACAUACUCGAUUAUAGGCCGCGUCAAAGAAUUACGAUGCGCGAUACUUGA